AUCCAUCCCAUUCAUAAUAAUACUGUAUUUAUUUUUAAAAUUCCGUCCCGAUCGAUAUAAUUUUAUUUUUUUAUUUUUUUAUUUUUUGGUUCUUAUAAUAAUAUGGAUCAGAUUAUAAAACUUUUGGAUCAAUUUAUACAGCAUAAUAUAUUGACUGAUGAAUUAGAAAAGAAUCUUAAAACAACUUUACAACGUACCUUAGCAGAUACAUCCUUUCGACUAAAUCUUGGAAGGGAUUUAACUUUUUGGCAAAAUAUAUAUACCAUUCUUAUUGAUCUAGAAAACAAAAAUACAUUAUUAUUAUCUAUCACCUGUUUAAUAGAAUUGAUCAAACUAGCACGUAAUGUCACUGCAGAAAAUAGAGAAGGACAAUUAUUGGCUUUGAAUACUAAAGUAAUCUAUGCUUUAACUCCUUUGAUUUUACAUUAUUUACCUCAUAUGGAUGAAUCAAGCAUGAUGGUAGUUCGUGUAUGUACUCAAGCAGCUUGUAACAUGGUGACUGGAAAUGAAAUGGUUCUCAAUAUUGUAUGGACUCAUUGGUGUAAAGAACAACAUCCUUUUCUAUGGAAUAAGGUGAUUGAAGCAAAUGACAAGGAUACAGUAACAAGCGGUUUGGUAUUGAUAUCUCAAUGUAUACGGAAUAAUAAACAUAGAUGUGAAAUGCUAGUGAAAUCAGAUGGUGGAUUGGCUUACCUUCAAGCUGUCUUGAUGGAAAUCGAUCGAUCUCAUACUGAAGAAUCUAAUCAACAUUUCGAACUCGGAUAUAUUAUUGUCAGUGAAUUAUUCAAGUAUGGUUAUUUUGUAGAUAUAAUGGAUGCAUUAAAAGAAGAUUCAAAUAAUAGAGAUGAAAUCAAUCAAAACCAAAUGGUGAUUAUCAAGUUACUGGAUUCUACAUUAUAUAAACAUCCGGAUAUUUCGGUACCACUAACGAUGAUAGAUUAUGGAAAACUAGGUGAUGUAUUAUGCUUAUUAUCAAAACAAGCUUGUACAGUGAUCGAACAUGCAGUGGUCAGUCAUCGGGAUAUCCUAUCGAAUUUGGACCUUCAUACUGUUAGUUUGAUGUAUACAUGUUUAGUAUUACUUUUACAAAUUGUCAAUCUUUUACUUGAAACAACAAUUAAUGAUAUGAAAUCUAGCUUGAUGGAUCGAAAUGGACUGAUAAUAAUCAUUGAUCUUUUACGACAGUGUGAAACAAUGGUGGAUUGGAAUGACAAAGAAAAAUCAAGAAUUGGAUUCAAUUUUGUGAAAAGGGAAAUAGUUAGAUGUAUUGGCUUACUUUGUUAUAAAGAUAAAAUAGUUCAAGACAAGGUUCGUACUAGUGGUGGAUUACCUUUGAUUUUAAAUCAAAUGAAGAUUGAUGAUAAUAAUCCUUAUAUUCGUGAAUAUGCUACAGUAACAUUAAGACAUUUAUUAGAAGACAACUUUGAAAACCAACAAAUGAUAGCCGAAUUGACUCCAAUUCAAGCAGUACAAAAUGAAAUAUUAGAUGAAAUGGGUAUCCAUGCUUCUAUUAUAGAUGGUAAAUUACAGUUAGAACCCACUACAAAAAAAUGAAAGAUGUUACACGUACUUUCUCUCUCUCUCUAUAGCUUAGAUUCAUUCCCCGACUACCUUAUUUUGAUUUUCAUAGAAACCCCAUUGAUAUAUAGUCUUUUCUUUCCCCCAAAAAAAAAAUAAAAAAUAGAAAAGAAAAAAAAAGCUUUUACC